AUGACCACAACAAGCAACGAAUUUGCACUGCCCCUAGCGGGCAAGACGGCAAUCGUCACCGGCGCUUCACGAGGUAUUGGUGAGGGAAUCGCUUGGGAACUGGCACGUCAAGGAGCAACAGUCGUCUUGGGAUAUACAUCCGAAUCAAGCGGUAGCAAUAUAAAAAGACUCCAAGACAGAAUAGCAACACUUCCACAUCAGCCUAGGACUCUCUCCGUCAAGGCAAAUCUCAGCACCGUGGAAGGCUCGAAAAAGCUCAUCGAUGAAUUGACGCAGUGGACAGAUGGCUCCCUCAAAUUAGACAUCCUCGUGAACAACGCUGGCUUGGAGGUGGUGAAGCCACUGGGGAAGAUCUCUGUCGAAGACUAUGAUGCGGUGUACAACCUCAAUGUACGCGGCGCGAUACUGUUGACCCAAGCAGUACUGCCAUUCCUCAAUCCCAACAGCCGGGUCAUCAAUCUCACUUCUGUUGGUGCGCGGACUGGCUUCAAGGAGCUUAGCCUCUACUGCUCCUCGAAAGCUGCUGUUGAAGGAUUAACACGGUGCUGGGCUGCUGAAUUAGGUGUCAAUGGCACCACUGUGAAUGCCGUUGCGCCAGGGCCGGUGCAGAGCGAUAUGCUGGACAACAUCCCGGCAGAUAUCGUCAAGAUGCAGAAGGACAACACCCCAAUACAAAACCGACUUGGCACAGUUCAAGAGGUUUCUAAUAUUGUAGCGUGGCUAGCUAGCCCUAGCAGCUCAUGGGUCACCGGUCAGGUCAUUUGCGCUAGUGGAGGCUGGGCCAUGUAUUAG